UCAAGGGCAUUGGCCAAAUGAUCACGUGCUGAAGCGGCGCAGACUUUAAUCGUUUGCUCUUAGUUUUAUUGUAUCUAUAAUAUCUAAUAUGGACAGUUUCAGUUCAGAUUUUCCCUCCGGUUCGUCGUCUGGUAAAAUGGACACUGGAACUAUAAUGGAGCAAGUUAAAGUUCAGAUUGCUGUUGCAAACGCUCAAGAGCUGCUGCAGAGAAUGACUGAUAAAUGCUUCAAGAAGUGCAUCGGCAAGCCAGGAAGCACAUUGGACAAUUCUGAACAGAAAUGCAUUGCCAUGUGCAUGGAUCGCUAUAUGGAUGCAUGGAACACAGUCUCACGUGCAUAUAAUUCAAGAUUACAGAAGGAAAGAGCGCGUGUUUGAUGUGCAAAUGGUGGCCGGUAAUACUUCUGUAUCACCUGAGUACUCUGGUGGAGAUGCUCGGUCUGCACAACAUAUGUAUUAACUUGGCUUUCUGACCUCACAACAACAGCUGAUCACUACAGAAUCAACCAGGUGGAUCGGGAUUUAGACUGCACAUGGACAUUUUUCCAUUUUAUUGUUUUUGAAAUGUGUUUAAACAGUUAAAUAAGACAUAUUUGUAAUUUAAUGAUUUGCAAUUUGAAAUUAAGAUUAUUAUGGAUAGAUUACAGUGGUUGCAUUUCAUAUGCUUGAAAUUGUGUCAAGAAUUGAGAUUAUCGGUACAGAUUUUAGCUCCACACACUUUGUACCCUGUUUGCAGAUCUCUCUCUGUUAAACAACAAUGGAAGGUCUUGACUCCGCCCCUUGUGCUCUUAUCCAUUCAUCAAGCAUCAAGCCAUCUUGUCAUUGGUGGAUCUUUCUCCCAGAAGGAACGGCUCACUUUACCAUCUCUGUUCCACAAACCUAGUUCUUUUCGGGGGAGAAUUCAGGGGCGUCUUUGUUGCAAUAAUAGUUGCCUCUUCCUCAGGUGCAGCCAAAUAGUGUUCCUUUACCCCGAAAGAACAAAAUGCAGUUGUCAAGCUUGGAGUGUCAUUUGUCUCAUUGUCUGUUCAGUACAGUACUACGUUUGUUUAGACACACAUUGUGGAACCGCAGAUCCUGGUGUAAAAGCAGUUUCCUUGGAGAAGAAGCAUGUCAAAUUUCAUUUUACUAUCUUUAAUGAAGUCUUGUGAAAGCUUGGCAAGAGAAACAAGCCCUUUGUUCAGAAGAUUUUGUGGAACUGUUACACAGAAGUUUUACAAUUAUGGAAAUGCAAAUAAAUACUAUUAAAUUGGUC